AUUUGAGUUAUGUUAUAUUGCAUAACGCAAAUUACCCAAAUAAAAGUAUUAUAGAGUAUACAAUGAAAUAUCGGGUAAAUAACCAACCGAAUGGUACCUUUACUACAGCGCUGUACUACAGGCUUACACAGUUGUUUUAGGAAUGCCUUGUUGGGUUGUAUAUAACUCUAAAGAAGUGUGGCACCCUAAGCCAAUUUAUACCACAAGAGUGAGGCUCUUGACGAAGCUAGUCUUAUCUGUGAGAGUGGUGUGUAGCACAGUUGCACAGGUCGAAUUCCUCUGGAGCGAAAAGUUCUAUCUGGGUGAAACGGAGAGUCAAGCGGUACAUGCACCAAUCACUAGGCCUGGGAGGGUGCAGGGUGCAAAGCGGCGUGCAGCAAAGUGUAUGGCCAGCACAAAAUACUCGCACUUUUGUCAUGCAUACCAUGCAGCAAGCAGUAGUGAAGCGGGUUGGUAGUGUGGCAAGAAGGCUGCGAUAGCUUUUAAGUCGGUGUAUGAAGGAGGAGAAUAAGCAGGAUAGAGAAGAC